GACGGUUUAAUACUGGCUUCUCCUCCUGACAGCGCCGAAUUCCCCAGCAAAGGCUUAACCGACGAGUUUCCUUACUUCGCAUUAUUCUUCACGCCUCUUAAUUCAUACUCUCAUUAUAAGCAUUGGUGAAGCUGAAACAGUAGCUAUACACAGGGCGGCGUGAGCGGGGGCAGCCGAACCGGUGGCGGCCUCUUGACGAUGGGCAAGGACAAGGGCAAAGGAAAGCUUCCGGAACACCUGGAGCUCCGGAGAGACUUCGUAACAUGCGGCGAUAGGCUCAAUUUCAAUGUUAACACAAUCACGUCUGCCAACACGUUCAACGCCAUGGGCGUUGACAACAGCUGGGACUUUGCGGCUUUCAAGGACAGCUUCCAGAUAGUUAUCAACAAGAUGGACCGGGAGGUGAUGGAGUUUGAUAUGAUUGGCUGCGACCCCGCCAUCGCCAACGCGCUGCGUCGCAUCCUCAUUGCCGAGGUGCCCACGGUGGCCAUCGAGCACGUGUUCAUGAUCAACAACACAUCCAUCAUCCAGGACGAGGUGCUGUCGCACCGUCUGGGCCUGGUGCCGCUGCUGGUGCCGCCGCACCUGCUGGAGCCCAAGCUGGCGGAGGAGGCGCCGGGCGAGAAGAACACGGUGGUGUUCAAACUGGACGUCACUUGCAGGAGGAAGCCGGAUGGCAGCUUGGAAAAUGAUAAAGUCCUGACCAGCCAGCUGGAGUGGCUGCCGGGCGGCUCCGAGCUGCCCGAGGAGACCACCUGCCGCUUCGCCGCCGGCCAGGCGCACCUCUUCACGGCCUCGGCCGCAGACGCCGCCGCCGCCUCCACCUCGGCCGCCUUCGCCGCCGCCGCCGCGCCGCCCUCCCCCCUGGGCUCCACCUCGGGCCCCUACCCGCGGCCGCGGGCGGUGCACGGCGACAUCCUGCUGGCCAAGCUGCGGCCGGGCCAGACGCUGCAGCUGGAGGCGCACGCCACCAAGGGCACGGGCAAGGAGCACGCCAAGUGGAGCCCCGUGGCCACCGCCUGGUACCGCCUGCAGCCCGUGGUGGCGCUGCUCAAGGAGGUUCGGGCUGACAGCGAGGAGGGCAAGGUGCUUCUGGAGACGUGCCCGGGCCUGUUCAGUGCGGACGAGGCCACGGGGCUGCUGCGGGCCGGCAACGCGCGGGGACACGAGAUGGUGCUGGAGCGGCUGCGUCGGCUGUUGGAGCAGGAGCGGUUCAGCUCCUGUGUGGCCUACCGCAAGCGCAAGGACCACUUCAUCUUCACCAUCGAGUCCAGCGGCGUGCUGCACCCCGCCGAGCUGCUGGCGCAGGCGCUGGACAUCCUGGCGGACAAGGCAAACAACCUGAGGGACAAGCUAUGAGCGGGGAUGAGGGGGAGAGGAUGAGGGAGGGGGGGAUGAGGGAGGUUGGGGGUUGAGGGGCUGUAAGGGCGGCUGUAUCACUGCGCCACGUAAGCGGGGGGUGUUUUCGUCUCCAUAUCCACCAUUCCCCCGCGGGCGGGGGUGAUGGGGGAAGGAGGCAUGUGCCGUGUGAUGUGAUGGGAUGGGCGCCCAAGGCGAGGAGGGCGGACGGCGUUGGAGGUGUGCAUGCAUUCUGUGAGCGAGCAGAGUGGUGUGUGAGUGUAUCAAGCAUGUAGGUGCAAUAGGGGCAGGGCGGCUGCAUGGCUGAAUGCAGCACAGCCUUUUACGCCGUGCCCAUGCAGGUUUGCGUGCCUGUGUGCGUGAAGCGAAAUUGCUUUACACCUCUUGACAGGCGUCCGAUCUGCCGAGCGGGCGACGGUCUGUAGGUGUACCGCGGUAUGAGCGGCAUUGUGCUUGUAGGUAGCAUGACGACAGCGCGCGCACACAGGCUGGACGGCAGACUGCUUUCAGGCAACUAGUCACACACGCGUCUUCAAACUCCCACUAUGUAUGUCGGAGUAGGUCGGAAUACCCCGCAUACACGCCGUCGGCCUGCAUGGGCAUGCGCCAUGCGGCAAGCGUGCAAGGCUGCGUGAGAGACGGGCGCACACAGGCCACAGGCAGAGGCAGGCAGGCGCUGAGGCGCAGCUCAGGGCAACAACAGUAGCAAUUUUCGAUGCCGUGCGCCAGUGCGGCGCCAAGCCUGCGUGAGCAGUGACUGAGUCAGGGUACAGGCGCACACCUGGGGAGGUUGAGGUUCCAUGACUACCUGGAGACUGCGGAGAGGUGCAAGCAGCUGAUGCGGGACCACCGCACCAGCUGGACUGACAUCAGGCGGGAAGCGGCCAGCGGCGGACUGACGCCGGAACGGAGGCGUCGGCCUGCGGGUGAGCCAGGCCAAGGCGGUUACGGUGUGGCCGUAUGGAUGGGUGCGUUCUGAGGCAGCCAGGGGCAGCCCGGCCACUAGCCUGGCGCCCCCUGGCACCCCUGCCUGGCUGCUUUCGGAGGAGGUGGCGCGCAAUGCACGGAUUAAAGGGAAUUGUACGUGGUGAGCGAGGCACCUGGAGAGAGGGGUGGGGGGGGGGGGCGGUUCCCAAGUUCGCUGGCCACUGAGAAGCCGGGAAGCUUGAGUGCGGGGUGGGUGAGGACGCCUGACGCGCCUCCUGGCACCCCUGCCUGGCUGCUUCCGGAGGAGGUGGCGCGCAAUGCACGGAUUAAAGGGCAUUGUACGUUGGUGAGUGAGCGAGGCGCCUGGAGCGAGAGUUUUUGGGGGUGGGGUGGGGGGGGGGCGGUUCCCAUGUUCGCGCGUGGCCGCUGAGAAGCCGGGAAGCUUGAAUGCGGGGUGGGUAAGGACGCCUGACUCAUGAAUCGAAGUGCGCGCAUGUAAAGCGCAUUGCAU